CUUCAAGACAACUUCUUUGUACCCUCUUUUCACUUCUCUCUUUCAAUGGCGGCCAAGAACGCAUUGUUGAAGUACCUUAGAGUUGAAUCUCGUCUUCCACAACAACUACAAUUGCAAAAUCAUAGAUUUAUUGGAACCCCAUUUGCCCAUUUGCUCAAACGUCACUUCUCAGAGGAAGUUAGGGGGUCAUUUCUUGAUAAGUCUGAAGUGACAGAUCGUGUUAUUGAUUGUGUCAAGAACUUCCCAAAACUCGACCCAUCAAAGGUUACUCCAAAUGCCCACUUCCAGAAUGAUCUUGGUUUAGAUAGUUUAGACACUGUGGAAAUUGUUAUGGCCCUUGAAGAAGAGUUUGCGUUUGAGAUUCCUGACAAUGAAGCUGAUAAGAUUAGCUCCAUUGAUCUAGCUGUUGCUUUCAUUGCAUCUCACCCCCAGGCUAAAUAAAGGAACAGACUAGCCUUGAGUUUGCUUAGACUGUGUUGGCCUGUGGUUAAUUGUACGACUUCUGGUCAGCUCGUUUAAGUUUUGGAUAAUUCAUAACAAUGUCAAUCACUUCCAUUAUCUAGUGAGCUUAUUCGCUUAAGAACUUCAUGUUUUGA